AUGGCCAUCAUCAACAUGGGGCCUCUGAGUGAUGGUGCACUGAUUACCCAUGAGGCCAGCCCCAUUAGAAACACAUAUACUGGCCAGGUCCAAAGCAAGCUCGUCCUCCAGAAGGAUACUAAAUCUGGUGUCCACACCUUCCUGGGAAUUCCCUUUGCCAAGCCUCCUGUAGGACCACUGUGCUUUGCACAUCCUGAGGCCCCUGAGCCAUGGAGUGGUGUAAGAGAUGGGCUUCACAUCCAUCCAUGUAAGUGUCUGAAAAAUCUUGAACUAUUGUAUCCAGAGUGCCUGAAGGAGAUGAAACUGAACCUGUUUCCGUUCUCUAUGUCAGAAGAAUGCCUGUAUCUCAACAUAUACACACCAGCCCAUGCCCAGGAGGGCUCUAACCUACCAGUGAUGGUAUGGACCCAUGGUGGUGGACUGGUUACAGGCACGGCUUCCAUGUAUGAUGAGUUCACACUGGCAGCUACUGAAGAUAUGGUCAUGGUCAUUAUCCAGUUUUUUCUUGGUGUCUUGGGCUUCUUCAGCACUGGAGACCAGCAUGCAAAUGGCAACUGGGGAUACCUGUACCAAGUGGCUGCCCUACGCUGGGUCCAGCCAAACAUCACCUACUUUGGAGGCAACUUUAACUGUGUCACUAUUUUUGACAAGUCUUCAGGUGGCACAAUUGUGUCUUCACAUAUUGUGUCCCCCAUGUCCCAAGUGCUCUUCCAUGGAGUCAUCAUGAGAAGUGGAAUAGCACUGCUACCUUACCUUAUCUCCAACACCUCUGAGAUGGUCUAUACUACCAUGGCCAAGCUCUCUGGAUGUGGGGCCAUGGACUCAGAGUUUCUUGUGAGCUGUCUGAGAAGCAAGAGUGAAGCAGAGAUUCUGGCUAUUAACGAGGUCUUCUUCCUGAUCCCUGCUGUGAUGGAUGGAGAGUUCCUACCCAGGCAUCCCAAAGAGUUGUUGACAUCUGAGGAUUUUCACCCUGUCCCCAGGAUCAUUGGUGUCAACAAUGAUGAGUCAUGGGCUCUACUCAGACAAUAAAGGAAAUAACCAGAAAGAACCUGCAGGCUGUUCUCAAGAAUACAACAGCAGAACUGGUGAGAUAUUUCUGGUCCUGUCCAAAUAGUCGGAUCCCUCAUAUCUUCUCUGACAGCAUCCCUAUUAAUAAAAAUCAGCAUACAUGUA